AGAGAGACGCACGAGGAGGAGGGAGGGAGGAGGGAGGCUGCGGCCAUGGCCAAGCAGCCCGGGGCAGCAGAAGCCGCCGCGGCCGCCUCGGCUGGCGGAGCGGCGGGAGGCGGGGAGGGAGGAGGCUCGUCGCUGUUCAGCGACCCGCAGCACUCCCGCAAGCUGCUCAAGAACCUGCGCUCGUUCCGCGCGGACCCCAUCUUCUGCGACUCGGCCCUGGUGGUGGACGGUGCCGAGAUCCCCGUGCAGAGGAACCUCCUGGCGGCGGUCAGCCCCUACAUACGCACCAAGUUCAACUAUUCGCCGCCCAAGAACAACGGCACGGUGUUCAAGAUCACCCUGGAGGGAGUGGGUCUGAGCGUCAUCCACGAGAUCCUGGAGUACAUCUACACGGGGGAGGUGCGCCUCAGCGAGGAGACGAUCCAGGACAUGGUGCAGGGAGCCGACCUGCUGCUGCUCACUGACCUCAAGGCGCUCUGCUGCGAUUUCCUGGAAAGCUGCAUCGUCGCCGAAAACUGCAUCGGCAUCCGGGACUUUGCGCUGCACUACUCCCUGCUGCACGUGCACCACGUGGCCACCGAGUUCUUGGAGACGCACUUCCGCGAUGUGUGCGGCACCGACGAGUUCCUGGAGCUGUCGGCCUCCAAGCUGCGCGAGAUCAUGUCCCUGGAGAAGCUCAACGUGGGCAACGAGCGCUACGUGUUCGAGGCCGUGCUGCAGUGGCUCAAGCGGGACCUGGAGGAGCGCAAGGUGCACAUGAAGGAGGUGAUGACGGCCGUGUGGCUCGACACGCUGGACCCGCACUUCCUGCAGGAGCAGAUGCUGCGGGAGCCGCUGGUGCGCGUGAUCAUCCAGGAGUGCGCCAUCCCGCUCACGGAGACGCGCAGCGGAGAGGCGCUGCUCUCCAGCUUCCGCCCGCGAGGCUACUCCGAGUGCAUCGUCACCGUGGGCGGGGAGGAGCGCAGCUCCCGCAAGCCGACGGCGGCGGUGCGCUGCAUGUGCCCGCUCUACGACCCGAACCGGCAGCUGUGGAUCGACCUGGCGCCCAUGGGCACCGCACGCGUCAACCACGGCGUCGUCUCCGCAGAGGGAUCUAUCUUUGCGAUCGGCGGGUCGGAUGGCGAUAGCUCCGUGCUGAGCUCCGGGGAGAAGUACAACCCCGACAACAACAGCUGGACGGCCAUCGCUCCCAUGCGAGAGACGCGCAUGAACUUUGGCAUUGUGCACAUCGACGGGAUCCUGUACGUGAUCGGCGGCGAGGACGAGACUUCGGAGCUGCUGUCGGGAGAGACGUACGACAUCUACACCGACACGUGGUCGCUGCUGCCCGACAUCACCAUCCUUCGCAAGAUCGGUUGCUAUGCGGUGAUGAGGAAGAAGAUUUACGCCAUGGGAGGCGGCAGCUAUGGGAAGCUGUUUGAGUCGGCCGAGUGCUACGACCCCAAGACGCAGCAGUGGACGGCGAUCUGUCCCCUCAAGGAACGGCGGUUCGGCGCGGUGGCGUGUGGCGUGGGCCAGGAGCUCUACGUGUUUGGGGGCGUGCGGCGUAAGGAGGGAGAGAACGUGCCCGAGGGACAGAUGGUGACGUGCAAGUCGGAGAUGUACCACGACCAGGUCAAGCGGUGGACGUACCUGACGGACCAGAUGCUGAGUGUGCAGUCGGCCGCCUCCUUCGUGUACGGCGCCGUCCCCAUUGGCGCCAGCAUCUACCUGGUCGGGGACCUCGACACGGGGACUCAGUACGACUUUGUGCGCGAGUACCGCCGCAACACGGGCACGUGGCACCACACCAAGCCGCUGCUGCCCUCCGACCUGCGCCGCACCGGCUGCGCCGCCCUGCGCAUCGCCAACUGCCGCCUCUUCAAGCUGCAGAUGGAGCAGGGCCUCUUCCGCAUCCGCGUGCCGCGCUGACGGCGGCGCGGGGCGGCGGCGGCGGCGUGGAGAGAAAGAGAGGGAGAGAGAGGCGGCGGCACCGGAGGGGACCACCGGGGCUGUCCCCGCCACUAGCCAAGAUGGCAUCGCCGCGGGAUAGCGGGAGGAUGACUUGUGGCGAGCACCCGAGGAGACGGGCGGUGUGGCUGGGCGGCGUGCCCCUCCAGCCAAUGAGUGUCCGGCCGCGCCGUGUACAGCAAUUUUUCCCGGCGCUGAGCGGAUGACGCGACGCUCGCGUAGCUCCGCCAACGCCAGCACGGUGCCGCCGGUGCCGAUUCAAUGAUGGAGAGAUGGGGCCGGGCUUGGCACGCUUCUAGAGUCGCCUCCCUCGAUCUUCCCUCCCCACUCCGCUCGCCGCCCGGUGACGUCGCCCUCAGAGGGCUCGACAUUCACCCUCGGGCUGGGGGUCGCUCGCCAGGCCGGGGGCGGAGGUCAGCUUACGCAUGACAGGCCGCUCCGCGCUGUCGGAGUUAAGAUGGCACGCUCGUAGGGUGAGCAUUUGGCGACACGGGUUGUCAUGGGUCAGUGGCGAGCCGGACUGGGUCGCUAAGACGAAGGCAAAAGCGCCGGCUCCCUGUAGGGGGCUGCCUCUACGAGGAGACGGGCAAGAGUGAAACCGGCGCGGUGGACCGGCCGGUGGUACGGUGGGGGCGAGGGUUGGGGGUGGGGGGCGAGGGUUGGGGGGUGGGGGGGGCGUCGUUGGUCCGUCGUUCAAUGCCAGCGCCCGUUGGUGACCGGAUCGGGCCGGCUUGCCGUCCGAAUGCGCUUCGUAGAUCUCCAUGGGGCAAGCUCCCGUUUGUUUGGUUUGAGGUCCCCUUGGAUUUACCGCUCCUGCGUAUGUUUCCGUGGUUGCGCCGUUUAGCCCUCCGAGCGCUUUUUCAGGAUCUCCCGGCACGCGGAGUGAAACGUCAGACAUGGAACAACACGUGGCACAGCAUCAACACAUGUGGCAGAGCGACCAUUGUCGUGCGGUCCUCCCUCCGCUUGUGUUGAACGGUUUUUGCCGAUGUCUCGUGCGAGGAAGGCGUCUUGAUUUGGAGCACGGAGCAGCGCACCGCCCCUUGCCACAGGAACGGCCCCCGCAAAACGGCGUCGCAGAACUACUACUCAGUCCGCUUUCGUGGCUUCGUUAUAUGCACGCUACUCGGGGUGCGCAUACUAUACACGCCCGGCAUAGAUUGGUGCAUGUCGUUAAAAGCUUAACGAUUAAUUCUGAGAGCUUGAUUCAGCAGAUUUACGCCGUGAGCCAAUUGCGCCAGGGAUGUUUGGGUCACUGGUGAUUGGGCUGGAACCAUCCCCUCGCCACGUUGGAGGACCCGGUUUUGAAGCAUAGGUGGGGGCAACGUGCAUUUGUUCGGUGUCUCCAACCCCGAAGCAGCUCCUGGAGGAGUCUCCGCUUCGUAAAAACAAGUUGAGAGUCAUUUCCCCCACGUCAAAAAGGAACUUCCCCCUCCACGUAGCGCAUGCUCUCUGUCACAUAUAGCCAUCAUCGCUAUCAUCACUGUCGCCGUCAUCAUUAGUACAAGCCCUUCACUUUCGCCCCAUGUAGAGCACGCUGUCAUAUGAUCGCCAUGAUGAUAGUCAUCAGGACCCAGUAAAGUUCUGUUCCUGUAGAGAGUGCUCCGUCUCACAUCGUCGCCGUCAUUGUCAUCGCUUGUCUGUACCUCUUCCUUGGCCCUGGUGGUUUGCGGUGCCCCUACUCGGAGGUUGACCCUCGGCCGUUAGAGAUGAGCACCGCGAAUCGUCACGAGAGCCGCAGCCACACGGCAGCAUCGAUCCCCGGGCCCCCCUCGCGAAACCACAGCACCCCCUUGACCCCCCACUAAACCCACCCCCCUCACCGUAUCGCACCCCCAGCACCCUGGUGUAAUGCGGGUCCUCGAUAUCUCGGGCUACUGCGGGGGUGGGCAUUUAAAAAAACAUUUUUAUAUAUAAAACUAUGGCAAAACAGAAAAUCAAAACCCCUAUUCCAGAACGAUGCUCGGCGGUGCCGUUCCUUUGGCACGAGUCUGGCGUAGCGUCGGCACCAAUACGCGGCGGGACAGUGAGAAGCACAAGGGAUGGGGGGUGGGGGGUAGUAACGCACAAGGGACGGCCAGAGGCAAGCGCCAGGGCCACGAGCGCCCAUUUCUGGGUUGGCCGCCGGCCCGGUCGACAAGGAAUUCCUCAGAGAUGUGGCGGUUUUCGAAAUCACUUUGUGUGUAAUCAUGUGAUCGCCUUGGAGCAGGGGUGAGAACCUAUGGGCCCCCGCGGCUUCAUUCCACACAGCCCACAACUUCAUUUGCCAUGGCUUGUGGACUUCAUUCGAUACGACCUGCCAUUUUACUUGACGCGGCACACGAACGAUAUUUAUCCACUGCUGAAAAACUCUACGGGCCCUGGAGGGUGGAACGUUUUCGACCACCUGGAAAUGCUGUGCUAAUAUUAGAACCCACGGUCACCUCUGUCGUACCCUGCUACAGACAGAGGUGCAUCGGCAUGCGUGCGUGCCUGCGGUUGCUCUCCCCAGGGCAUUUGAAAGUCCUAUUCGGGCUUCAGUCAGUAAAAAGUUCCCCCUCCCUGCUGUAUCUUGAACGAAGCGAGCGUGGGGGACGAUCGUUUGGUCGAGCGACGGGAGCGUGAGCUCACGGCGCAACUCGUUUACGGACAACGGCCCGACUCCUCGCUGCUCUCCGCUCGGCCACAACGCGACGCCGACUGCCGCUAUCAUUCCGUAGAGCUGCUGCUGCUGCUGCCACUGUUGCUAUUAACCGCGGGGCUUACCCGUGGCUGGCAGCACAUCGUUUUUUUGCCCAAAUCGUUUUUUUGCACUGCAGAGGAGCGGCGUUUCUGUCUGGAGUGGCAGAGUCUGGAGCCAUCAUUCCCUCACGUGUUGACGGAAAGACGACUCGCGACGAGGUGACCAUUCCGGCUCGUGGGACUUUGCGUUCCAUCUCACGGUUACCGUUGUUUUGUUUACAGCGCGCGAUACCGGUCGAGUGGCGCGCUUGCCGCUGCCCGCACGCGCCGCGUUGGAGCGCGUCUCCUUGCGCCGCAGCGGCGAUCGACUUGAAAGUGCCUCGACUUUGUAGAGUAACGUGCGCACUUGCAGCAGCCCGCCGUGGGAAAGAGAGAGGCCCUGGGCAAGCGAGUGGGCCCCGGGGGAGCGAGUGGGACCUGGGGAAGGGGAGAGAGCCCCAAUGUGGGUGGGCGAGGGAUUGACCCAGCACGGGUGAGGGAGACUGGGUGAGCAAUGGAGACCUUGGCUGGUUGAGAGGAACUUGACUUUUUAAAAGAAAUUUGCACUCCACCCAUGAAAAACAUGCAGCUGCUGCCAUUUGUCCAAGUGCAGUGUUGAUCUAAGUUUAACGAAGUAGGUUCCAGACAAGUUAAUUUAAUACCCAGAUGGGCUGAACAUUGUAAUAGUACUAUGUAAUUUGUUGCAUAACAAUGUAAAUCCAAAUAUUCAAAAUAGUAAAUAACACUUCUAUAAAACUUGACUUUUUAAGUAUUAUUGGCUUAACUGACAGAGCCACUCAAAAAGCACAUCUGCUCUCGGCUCCCUCCCAAGUCCUCAACGUUUUUUUUACUGAAUAUUGUCCCUGUGAUGAUUCCCCCUCGUGGGAACAAAUUCACGACGAUGAACGGGGCAGUGCGAGGCGCUCAUCACUGGAAUAACAUUGACGACUCGCGGGGGUGUUGAGUGAUUGAGUUACAUCUCGGCAACGAAAACAGAGUUUGUUGAUUGGACUAUAGAGCACGCAUCCUCGGGUUGUCGUGUGACCUUUGCCUAUUCUAAUUGGACGUUUCCAUCCAAAUUUGUGUUAGAUUUGGUGACGGUUGCCCUAAAUUCUGCCCGGUUUAUCGUCGCGGCGUUCAGGUUUUAGUGGAAGAGGACCGAGUUUUACAGGGAGCGCGCGAGCAGCGCGUGGGUUGAGAGGGCUGCACAGCUGGGCCUGGUCUAACCGACAGCUGGUGAGUGUGGGGACCGAAUCCGCUGUGCGAUAUGAAUUUAACGCUUUUUAAAAUUCCAUUUUGUUUCCGCUCGGGGCCAAACCCGUGACCCCUCUCGGGGGUUCAAGAGGCGGACCACCCCGAGCGAAUGUCACUCCGAUCAACCGCGUGGGUGGCGUUGCUGAAACAGCGUGAAAGUCGAAGUGUGGGGUUUUAUUUUUAGUUGCGGUGAUAAUUACUAAUGUAAUUGCGUACAAAAAGUUCAAAGCAAACCGAUGACUCGGUACAGUAUUUAGAUGCGAGCGGGGUGCGGAGGUCGCCUCCCUCUCGCACGACUCAACUGCCGUGAGGUUCAACGAUCGUAGCAAUUCAGCCUCUCGAUGACAUCCAGCACAGCGCCAUUUGAUUCAACGGAGAAUCCCAGGCUCAGCUUCGUCAUCCCGGACAAAAGAUGUUGAUGAUUCCGGGGCUGAGCCGGGUGGGUACUUGAACGGGGAGACUGCUUGGGGAAGAGUAGGUGCCGUAUGCUUCACGGUCAACAUUAAAAGUCCAAUGACGUCUAUCGCCUGAGUGGGCCAUUGUGUGCUGGCGUCACGGUCCAAUUGGAUGAUGCAUUACAUAGCAAUCAACACUUUCCGACGCAAAAUUUGGCAGCACUCUCCCUGAGAAAGAGUCAUGAGACUCAGAGAGGCUCUUCUGGGUAAAUAGGUGUCAAUAUAUAAAUAAAAUAAAAGGCAACGUUUGUAUAGGGUUUGCAUCGCUCUCAAACGGUCAUCGAUUCUCACGGACGGACGAUGCAACUGCUGGUCACCGAGACCGACGGGAUCUCUUCUGCUGAAUCACCACGCGUGUGCGUGUGCGCGUGCCUGGCGGUGCGUGCGGUGAGUCGUGUCUACUCGGAAUGUUACUACGCGAGAGGCCAUAGUGGAGUGGUCACACCAACCCAUUACCAACAUAUGCAAGUGGGGGAAAGCAUCGACGCGUCGUUGGCACCCAGGGCGCAAUGCCUCAGUCUAUUCCUGGGAGACCGAGGGUCGGUGGCACAUGAGUCGGAGUAUUCACAGCCAGAGGGACCCUGGAUGCGGAUGCGGUGAGGAAAUGUGUGCCGGGUCAUCGACCCGGAGCCGGCGAGAUGCAGUGCUGCUGGCGGCGUCAUGAUACUCUCCCCCACGCGGGCAGCAUCAGCUCCACCAUCGCGUCGCCUACCCUCGCCGUAGUUGCCCAUGCGAGGCUCCGCUCGGAAUAACAACGCGUAGUCGACCACGUGACGACGGAGAUAGUUUAAAAUAAAACGUCUUCACCACUUC